UUUAAAAUCGUCUGACGGGUGGCAGGUACAUCCGGCCCACGAAGUUGAAAAAGGGUCCUUUUUAACGCGUACGCCAUUGCUGGCGUAUGGUGGUCUAUUUUAUUGAAAGAAAAAUCAUAAACCAUCCAAUAUGGUGAAUUUUACCGUAGACGAAAUCAGAGGCAUGAUGGACAAGAAGCGGAAUAUCCGCAACAUGUCCGUCAUCGCCCACGUCGACCACGGCAAGUCCACACUGACGGACUCUCUCGUCUCCAAAGCCGGUAUCAUCGCCGGUGCGAGAGCCGGUGAGACGCGUUUCACAGACACCCGAAAAGACGAGCAAGACAGAUGUAUUACCAUCAAAUCCACUGCCAUUUCCAUGUACUUCGAGUUGGAGGAGAAGGACUUGGUAUUCAUCACAAACCCUGACCAGCGUGAGAAGAGUGAAAAGGGUUUCUUGAUCAACCUUAUUGACUCACCUGGGCACGUUGACUUCUCCUCGGAAGUAACAGCUGCUCUCCGUGUCACAGAUGGAGCUCUUGUUGUGGUGGAUUGUGUAUCGGGUGUAUGUGUACAAACCGAGACGGUGCUGCGUCAAGCUAUUGCUGAGCGCAUCAAGCCAAUUUUAUUCAUGAACAAGAUGGACCGUGCUCUGCUUGAGCUACAAUUAGAGUCUGAAGAACUUUACCAGACCUUCCAGCGUAUUGUUGAAAACGUCAACGUCAUCAUUGCUACAUACUCCGAUGACAGUGGUCCCAUGGGUGAGGUUCGCGUCGACCCCAGCAAGGGUUCCGUGGGUUUCGGUUCUGGUCUUCAUGGAUGGGCGUUCACCCUGAAACAGUUCGCCGAAAUGUACGCUGACAAGUUCAAGAUCGACCUUGUCAAGCUCAUGAACAGGCUAUGGGGAGAAAACUUCUUCAAUGCUAACACCAAGAAGUGGGCGAAACAGAGGGACAAUGAGAACAAGCGCUCUUUCUGCAUGUAUGUCCUGGACCCUAUUUACAAGGUGUUCAGUGCUAUCAUGAACUUCCGCAAAGAGGAAAUUGACAGUCUCCUUAAGAAGAUCGGAGUCACCCUCAAGCACGAAGAUUCUGAUAAGGAUGGCAAGGCCUUGCUGAAGGUGGUUAUGCGUACUUGGUUGCCUGCUGGAGAAGCCUUGCUUCAGAUGAUUGCCAUCCAUCUCCCAUCACCAGUAGUUGCCCAAAAGUACCGUAUGGAAAUGUUGUACGAAGGACCCCACGAUGACGAAGCUGCUAUUGGUAUCAAGACUUGUGACCCUGAAGCCCCACUCAUGAUGUACGUCAGCAAAAUGGUGCCGACUUCUGACAAAGGACGUUUCUACGCUUUUGGUCGUGUCUUUUCCGGAAAGGUCGUCACGGGACAGAAGGCCCGCAUCAUGGGACCAAACUUCCAGCCUGGCAAAAGAGAGGAUCUGUAUGAGAAGACUAUCCAGCGAACAAUCCUCAUGAUGGGUCGUUAUGUGGAGGCCAUUGAGGAUGUGCCCUCCGGUAACAUCUGUGGUUUAGUUGGUGUUGACCAGUUCCUUGUUAAGACUGGUACCAUCACCACUUUUAAGAAUGCACACAACAUGAAGGUCAUGAAGUUCAGUGUGUCGCCCGUCGUACGUGUAGCUGUUGAGCCCAAGAACCCAGCUGACUUACCUAAGCUUGUGGAAGGUCUUAAGCGUCUCGCUAAGUCCGACCCUAUGGUGCAGUGUAUUAACGAAGAAUCUGGCGAGCACAUUGUUGCCGGCGCUGGAGAAUUGCAUCUUGAGAUCUGUCUCAAGGAUUUGGAAGAAGACCAUGCAUGCAUUCCUAUCAAGAAGUCUGACCCUGUUGUGUCUUACCGUGAAACAGUUAGUGAGGAAUCCAACCAAAUGUGUUUGUCGAAGUCUCCCAACAAGCACAAUCGUCUUUUCAUGAAAGCCACCCCCAUGCCUGACGGUCUUCCUGAGGACAUUGAUGACGGCAAAGUAAACCCACGUGAUGACUUCAAGACCCGUGCACGUUAUCUCGGCGAGAAGUACGAGUACGAUGUAACUGAAGCCCGUAAGAUCUGGUGCUUCGGUCCCGAGGGUACUGGCCCCAACAUCCUGGUAGAUUGCGCAAAGGGAGUACAGUACCUCAACGAAAUCAAGGAUUCCGUUGUCGCCGGUUUCCAAUGGGCCGCCAAGGAAGGAGUAAUGGCUGAGGAGAAUUUGAGAGGAGUACGGUUUAACAUCUAUGAUGUAACACUGCACACGGACGCUAUCCACAGAGGUGGUGGUCAGAUCAUUCCAACGACGAGAAGAUGUCUGUAUGCGUGUCUGCUGACCGCGGCGCCCAGGCUUAUGGAACCUGUCUACUUGUGUGAAAUUCAGUGUCCUGAAGUAGCUGUGGGAGGUAUCUACGGUGUACUCAACAGACGGCGUGGGCACGUAUUCGAAGAGUCGCAAGUAGCCGGCACACCCAUGUUUGUUGUGAAAGCUUACCUGCCUGUCAAUGAAUCCUUCGGCUUCACCGCUGACUUACGUUCCAAUACCGGAGGCCAAGCUUUCCCUCAGUGCGUGUUCGACCACUGGCAGAUCCUGCCAGGUGACCCAUGCGAGCCGGGCUCCAAGCCCUACGUUGUAGUCCAGGAAACGAGAAAAAGGAAAGGACUCAAGGAAGGUCUCCCAGAUCUAACUCAAUACUUGGACAAAUUGUAAACGCCGUAGCUAAUGCAAUCAAUACUGUAAUAUAUGUAACAUUAAUAAGCGCGCCUCACGCAAUAUCUGAUCAUCAUUUUGGUUAACCAUCAUCGAACUUGUUUUCGCCUCAAUGAGUUUUGUUAAAAGCAUAAGCUGAAGAAAUUUCAAUAAAAUAAUUAAUCAAUGA